GAUGUAUACGUUCCACUUGACUUCUACACUCGUCGUCCCAGAGGAUUUGCUUAUGUUCAAUAUCCUUUCUUCAGAUGGCUGAUUAGUGAGGGGUGUUGAAGUUUGAAAUUCAAGUUUGUGUAAGAGAAUGUAAAGCUGUACAGUAAUGGCGACCCCAAAGAGAAAGCAUGAAAGAACCUUUAGAGUAGAGUUCAACAAUUAAGGCAAGUAGACAAGCCAAAGACCUCUUAAGGAUCAGGCUUGAAGAGAAGGGAGAGUUUGGGAAAAGAAAAAAUAAAGAAAAGCUGGAAGAAGGACAAGCCAUAAUGGGAGACAAAGCUUCGCUUUAUCUACAAAAGGGGGAAAAGGUUGUUUUUCAAAGUAAAAGAUAAAGCCAUCUGUCAUUUUUGGCCAAGCAUCUCAUGACAAGUCCUUCUGACAAGCACUUACAGAGUUAAAGGUCAAGAUGAAGUUGAAUGGUGGCCAAGAUUAAAGGAGUCAUACCUGAUGUAUCCUACAGAAUAACAGUUUUUCUUCUGUUUGUCAUUACCUUAACACUCACCACAUUUGAAGAUGUCCGUGAUGCAGAAGAUGCUCUCCAUAAUUUGGAUCGAAAGUGGAUUUGUGGUCGGCAAAUAGAAAUCCAGUUUGCGCAGGGGGAUCGGAAGACACCAAAUCAAAUGAAAGCCAAGGAAGGGAGAAACCUAUACAGUUCUUCUCGUUAUGAUGACUACGACAGAUAUAGGCGAUCUAGAAGUCGGAGUUACGAAAGGAGACGGUCUAGAAGUCGUUCUUUUGAUUACAGCUAUAGAAGAUCGUAUAGUCCCAGAAACAGUAGACCUACUGGAAGACCUCGUCGUAGCAGAAGCCAUUCGGACAAUGAUAGGUUCAAACACCGCAAUCGAUCUUUUUCAAGAUCUAAGUCCAAUUCAAGAUCACGAUCCAAGUCACAGCCCAAGAAAGAAAUGAAGGCUAAAUCACGGUCUAGGUCUGCAUCUCACACCAAAUCUAGAGGCACCUCUAAAACAGAUUCUAAAACACACUAUAAGUCCAGCUCAAGAUAUGAAAAGGAGUCGAGAAAAAAAGAACCAGCUAGAUCCAAAUCACAGUCAAGAUCACAUUCUAGAUCUAGGUCAAAAUCCAGAUCAAGGUCAUGGACUAGUCCCAAGUCCAGUGGCCACUAACAGUGUAUCCAUGUUGUUUUUAGGCAUGUAAGAUUCAUUUACACACAGUUCAGUUUACUUAAAUUAUCAGGAAUAUGAUGUUGCAACAGUGCUAAAAAAUAUUUUCUUUGUCAGUUUUCCCUGUAGCCGACAAUGGUUAAAAUUAAAACAGUGUUGAGAAGCCACUGAGAGAGAGAGAGAGAGAGAGAGUGUGUCCACUUGGUUAAAUGUCAUGGGCAGCUACUGAUUUGGUUGUGGUGUCUCUAUGUAUAUUUUUGUAAAGAUUUGCAUUUUUAAUGCUUAGAUAUUGGUGAUGACUUGAUUGAUCGUAACUUGCAACAUUGUCCUAUUAAAAAUGUCAUACCCGUAGAGAAAUUGGUACCAGUUUGUGCUGAACAGUUAAACCAACUGUUUAACUUGUUCUUUAAUGCUAAACUUUGUGAUAUAAAUGGAAAACUGGACAGCUGUAGUGCAACACUGACUGCUGUGAAAUGCAGACUGGCAAUUUUAUGUUUCCAUUGUUCAAAGGCAGGUUUCUGUGUUCUCCAUGCCCACUGACACAAGUAGGUUGGUAAAUGGAGCUCUAUGGAGAGAUAUUUUUGAGAUUUCUCUUUAACCCUGCCAUCUGGAGAGAUGGUACUAACCUUGCAUGUACUACAUGGGGAGAGAGUUGGUCUUGGAAGCUCAUUCAGAGAUUGUGCAGUGUUGUGACUUGUCAGGAUAGAGGCUUCACUGCUUUUGACCUGGCUGCUAGUACUAAAUGUGUGAGGGGAAAAAAAAAUACCUUGAAAUGGGAAAUUAAAUUCAGAUUUCAGCAAAUGGCAGAGCAACUGAAUAGUAGGUUGUGUGUACAUUUUAUGCAGUUUUUGUAUCUAUUCUAAAUUUUAGUGAGCAGUUAACCAUAAAAUUGCUUAGUUUUCCUGCUGUUAGAUACAAGUAGAUUGUUUCGAGUUGUGUGUGUACAGUAUAUAAGAACUAAACUUUUAUGCCAAUGACUCCUGUGGUUAGUUGGUGUAUUCAUAGGUAUAAAACUGUAGCCAUCUCUCUUCCUGAGUAACAAAGGCUUGCUUUUACACAUCAAAAAGUAUUUGGUCAAGCAAGUCUGAAUCACUUCUUCCUCAGAAUGGAUAGUGGUUUGGUUACAAGAUUUCAUUUUACUUAAGAACAAAUGUUUGAAGUUGGAUAUGAACAAGAGCUGCAUCUCUAGCUAUUUAGUUUAUCACUAAUACGGUAUAUUUAGUAAAUUGAAUGUGAAAAAUAACAAAACCAGUGUGUAAUCUUACCAGUAUUUCUCUAGAAGGCAAGAUACUUUGUUAUGAAAAUGGCUUUUGGCAUUGUUUUUUCUAUUUACCUUCAAAAGCCAGCAUCAAACACCUAGUGUUCCUCGCUGUCUUAUGUAGUAGCAUAUAAAGACAUUGAUUUCAAAAAGUUCCUUUUUAGAGAAAUGUUUUAGGUUUUGGUUUUAGUGUUUUCAGCAGGGCCUUUAAAGAAACGCAGAUGGCUUUUAAAUAUUGGCAGUGGAACGUGCUUAGGGGGUUGAUCCUAGAAUCUUUGUACAUUUGAUAGUAUUUCUAACUUUUUCUUUACUGUUUGCAGUUAAUGUUCAUGUUCUGCUAUGCAAUCAUUUAUAUGCACGUUCCUUUAAUUUUGUAGACUUUCCUGGAUGUAUAGUUUAAAAACGGCAAAAAGUCUAUUUAAAACUGUAGCAGUAGCGUGCAGCUCUAGCAGAGGAAAGUUGUGGGAUUAAACUUUGUAUUUCCUUUCUUAUAGAGGCUUCUAAAAAGGUAUUUUUAUAUGUUCUUUUUAACAAAUAUUGUGUACUACCUUUAAAACAUCAAUGUUUUGAUCAAAAUAACUAAAGACCCAGCUUAUUUUCUGCUUGCUGUAAAUUUAGCAAACAUGCUGUAAUAAAAAAAUGAAGGAACUACUGAUCCACUGGAAUUAUUGUAGCUUUAGAAUUUGACUCCAGAGCAUGGUUAGUAGUAGAGCUAUGCAUCCCUUAUGGAGUAAAAUCCUUACUAUGGUAUUUCAGUAAAGUCAGGAAUUUAUCAUUUAAUGUCUGAAUGCAUAUCAUUUCACAUUUUUAAAGGGGUACUAGACAAAGUAAGAAUGAUAAGCAUAUGUUUUAGUCUAAUAUAUUGAAAUUUCUUUUCCAUUAACUUUCAUUAUUGCUGGAUGGACUGCCCUGUGGUUAUAAUUCAGAUAUUAUUAGCUAGGUUAUGAACUACUUAAAGUCAACAAUUGAAGGUUCAUAUAGAACCAAAUUUCUAGUAUCACCUUGUCGAUUUAUAUUUGCCAUAUCAAAAAUUGCACCAGCAGUGGUUCUCUAGAAGGUGGUAAAACUUUGCUGAUGAUGUUUAGAAAUCGAGCUGCCUCCUGGCACUUGUGGUAUAUACAACUGAAGGAAAACAACUCUGAAAAGCACUUAAUUGCUUUGAUAAACCCACUCUUACACUUUGUAAGUUGAGCUGUGAUUAUCUUGUAGCUUUCUGCUUCUAACAGCAGAAAGCCCCACCCUUUUUCAGCUUUCUCUAAUGAGUAUAGUCUUCAUGACUAAAAUCCUGCUUGAAAGUGGUCCACCUGACUGUGUCGUGGGAAAGUGUGGUUAUGUUUUUGUCAGCAACCUGCAAGGGAUUGCUGUAAUUAAUGUUCACGUUAGUCCAGCCAGAAUUACAGCUGGAUGGGUGGGGAGGAGGGAGGAGAACAUCUUUGUGUCCAGGCUGAGGUUCUAAUUUGAGACUGCAGAGUAACAGUAACUAUACCGUAACUAUUUUGUUAGCAUGUCCUUAUAUUGUGUGCCUCAACCUUUAUGUAUAGCACAGUUUAAAAAUUUUUUUUUUGUUUUGAAAAUCCAAUUCAUUGCAAGUAUAAUGUAGUAUCUGACAGUUCUGAUGGUUCUUUCUUUCUC